CUCCAAAUGCCGCGUCGCGGCGAGCCUUGGCGGCCUGGUCGCGGCCGGGCGCCGCUGCGGCUGUUGGCCUACGCCAGCGCCGCGCUGCUGGCAGGCGCCGCGGCCGCCUGCGGAGCGUGGGUCCUCCCGGGGGCGCCCGCGCGCCGCCCUGCGGGGCCGCCGCGGAUCUGCAGGCCCGCAGCGGUGCGGCGGUGCGCCGCGUUACCGCGCGGCGCCGCCAGCGCCGCCGGCUCGGUGCCGCCGUCGCCGGCGCGGCUGGUGGCCGAGCGGAGGGCGCGGAGGUGGGACGCCCUGCGCUCUUCUCUGGAUUGGACCCGGUACCACCUGGACAUCCCCGAAG